AUGAUGAGCUCAAACUUCCUCGAGACCUCCGGCGACGGAGACGGAGCUGCGCGCUUCGGACGCAUGCCCGACGAUUGGAUGAACGGCAUUGAUACUACUACCAUGCCCUUCUCCGGCCUGGACGCUCCAUACGAGGCUUCUACACAGCAGAACCCUCUUCAGUCUCCAGAGACGCCUAGUCUCGAUAACACCGUCUUCCCUUCCCCCUUGACAGACCUUGCCUACCUUGAUCGCUCCUUCGGAGACUUCUCCUCCAAUUAUGCCAUCCAUCCUACAACGCCUGGACAAUUCCCAGUCCAUCCGCCUCACCGUACCUCAUCCACCUUCUCCGAAGGCUACGACCUGUCCUCCGCUAGUCCAUCCCUCGGCCCUGUCUGGCCUGCUCAUGUCUCCCCAGCGGCGACCUUCCUCCCUACGCCGCCCAUGCCAGACGAUCUUUCAGCCGCCUCGUCUUCGCCGGAGGAAGAAGACAACCAGGAUGACGACGACUACGAUGAUGACUCGUCGGAGCCCGCAAGCAAGAAGCGCAAGCGUUCUACGGCAAACAAGAUAACAAAAACAAAGGGUAAAGACGCCCCCAAGCGUAACCCCACGCAGCUGCGCACCGCUUCUCGUGCUCCCAAGAAGCGCGGCGCUGCAGCUGCUCAGCCUCGACAUCCUAGCGAGACGUCAGAGGAAGUCAAGGCGCGGGCUGCUCACAACCAGGUCGAGCAGCAAUACCGCAAGCGUCUCAACACUCACUUUGAGCGUCUGCUCGCUGUCCUACCCCCUCCAGGUACAGAAGGCGGCAUCGCCAACGAUCGACGAGUGAGCAAAGCCGAGGUACUUGACCUUGCGCGCGAAAGAAUUCGUGCGCUUGAGAAGCAGACCUCGAGACUUGAGAGGGAGAGACGGGAGCUCCGAGGAAGAAUUGCUCCCGAUGGAAGGAGAAUGCUAGCUAUCGACUUCGGACCAUGGGAUAACCACCGCUUACAAGCCGCAAAGGCCGCAGAGGCCGCAAACGUAACUCGCCGCGCUGGCUACCGCUACAUCGACACCGCCCUCGCCUACAGGGACGAACGCGAAGUAAGAAUCGGCAUCCACGUCUCUGGCGUCGCAGGUGAAAAGGGCUGGGUAUCUGUAAAGCUCUGA